GAUUUUUUCAGAGGAUACAUAUAUCAACAGAGCGCAAAAGCCACAAAAAGAUGCGUUUGAGUACCCCAUUAUUGAAGCAACAUUCGCUACAUAUCAAGCGCAUGAAAUGGUUAGCCAUGUGUCGUCGUAGAGUUCAAGAUGAUGGCACUAAAGCUGCACUGGAAAAAUCUGGAAUCACAGUUUAUGAUGCCUUAGAGGUUGCAAAACUCCCCAGGUUUCCACCUCUUGGUGAACAGCCGGUUGGAGACACCAUAUCUCUGGAUUGGGAACUCCCUUUGGGUCCAGGUCACCCUGACUGGCAAGAGCGCACAGCCAAAGUUUAUAAUCAGCAGUCUACACUCUUGGAAGGACUGCCUCAAGCACAGCGCUUGACCAGGAGCAUCAUCCUGGGUGAUUUACCUCAAAGAUUACAGCAAGUGAUAGGAAAGAAAGAGAUUGUUGACCAAGAUCUCUUAGUUCAAAGAUGUGUGAGGCAGUCUGGGAUGAUGGAUGCCACACAGGUGAAGCUACCUCAUCUCCCUGACCCUUUAGUUUAUGGAAUCAACAAGAGACGAGAGUAUGGAAUUCCUAUUGACAGGAAAUGCAUGAUACUGACUAGAGGGCUGCUGAAGUUGUGUUCCCAUGCCUUGGGAGAUUAUCCUGGUCUUCUUAAGAGGAUUACUCUCCAUUCUGCUCCACUGAACUUGCCUUUGGAACAGGAGGGACAAUUACUCAUAUGUGACAUAUCAGCUGAUUCUCUUCUUCUUUCCCCUUGGCCCCUACAACCAUUUAUUGAUGUGGAGGAGGUUGAAGCACUCUCCUCUGCUGCUCAGCUACCAAAUUUACAGCCUGUUCAUCACACAGUUUCUCUUAGAGAGAGCAACACCUAUCGGCCAGAAUUUUUCUUCCCUGUAAAUAGGUCAGCCAAGCAACAGUACCCACAUGUCAUCUUCCUUCAUAAUGACUAUCCAUACAAUGAGAACUGGACUCCAGAGCUGAGGUUGGCUAGACCUUUGAUGCAUUGCUUUGCAUGGGCUUUGGCAUUUGCUCGCCAUCAUUCAGUAAAGGAAAAAGGUGGAGUCUUGGAGGAGCCUCUAUCUCUGCAGUGCAUUCACCAUAACAGCCAAGAAUUUACCUUCUCUUGCUUCCAACUCAAUACACUGAAUAUUGAUGGAACUGAAGGCAUCAAGAACUUCUACUGGACCACCCCAGCAAUGAACAUCCAUGAUUUCUGCUCAUAUCAUGAUGGCAGGCCUGUUCUAAAGAACUAUAACCCCCAAGUAAUGCAGUACUUCUUAGCAUUCUUCCUUGAUGGGAAUCCUCCAUUGCAAGAGCCCAUAAAGAAUAAAGUCAAUAUUGAACACUGAUUUAGCAAAAAGUUGGUAUUUAUUCAUGAAAAUAUCACAGAAUAAACAAGCC